AUGCCACCCUACAGCUCCAAUCAAAAGCACCAGAUUGCUGAGUUCGUCAAUUGUACAGAAGCCAAAGAUUCUGUUGCAGCCAAGUACCUGAAAGCAAGUGGAUGGAAUUUGCCAUCUGCGCUUGAUUCAUACUUCUCCAAUGGCUCAGUAGCUAGCUCACUAGGCGACAACAACUCCCUCACCAAGAUCUUUGACAGCUACCGAGAUGACCCAGCCGAAAACCCCGAUCUCAUCGGCAUCGAGCGCGCAAUGGAAUACCUAGGCGCCAUCAACGUCCAACUAGACGAAGUAAACUGUCUCGCCAUCGCGGAAUUACUACAAUGUCCUUCAAUGGGCGAGAUCACGCGCAAAGGUUUCAUGGACGGCUGGCUGAAAUCAUUCUGCGACACCCUCCCAAAAAUGACCGCCCACGCCAACACCCUCCGCACAAAGAUCCAACAAGACCCAGACCUCUUCAGACGGGUAUACAGAUACUCAUUCCCGCUCUCGCGAAUGCAAGGGCAACGCAACCUGCAAUUCGAAAUAGCAGCCGAGCAAUGGCGGCUAUUUUUCACGCCGGAGCACGGCGGCGUGCAGUGGAAUACGGCGUCGACGCCAUGGCUGGAUUGGUGGAUUGAGUUCCUUGAGGGGCGUGGUAAGAAACCUGUUAAUAAGGAUUUGUGGGAACAGGUUGAGGUUUUUAUGCGGAAGAGUCGGGAAGAUGAGGAGUUUGGGUGGUGGAGUCCUGAUGGGGCUUGGCCGGGGGCUUUGGAUGAUUUUGUGGAUUGGGUUAAGGAGAAGAGGAAGGGGAGUGAGAUGGAUGUUGAGUGA